AUGUCGUCAGUUGGAGAUGAGCCGCUUCGAGAAGCCAUGGCAGAGCUGUCCAAGAAGUUGGGGCUCUUCGAGAGGGUGCGGCACGUCUGCAACGCGGUGGAGAUUCCGUUGCCGGGCGUGGUCGUCGUGGGCGAGCAGUCUGCCGGGAAGUCCUCCCUGCUUGAGAGCAUUUCCGGCAUCCAGUUCCCCCGUUCCCAGAACACGUGCACGAGGAUGCCUUGUGUGCUCACCAUGCUGACGGAUCCUGCAACAGAUGACCCUUAUGCGCUUGUGUCCAUGGAUCCGAGCUUUGAGGAUGCUGGUCCAUGCCCGGUCAUGCAGGUCGAGGGCAAGAUCAAGCAGCUGACCGAGAAGCAUGCGACUGGUGACGACUUCAUCUCAAAGCAGGCACUCUUCGUUCGAGUGGUACGCAAAGAAGGACCUCAGCUGUCUUUGAUUGACCUUCCUGGCGUGACCCACAAUGCAGAGUGUAUGGAGAACAUACAUGAGGUGACCGUGGCACUGGUGGAGGAGUACAUAAAGCCAGACGAGAUGGUGAUUCUUUGCGUGAUCCCUGCCAUGUCGGACUUUGGGAAUGCUGAGGUGGUGAAGCUUGCAAAGAAGUACGAUCCAGAUGGGAUUCGCACGCUUGGUGUGGUCACCAAGUGUGACGAUGCAGCUCAUGCUGAAGCAUCCGAUGUUGUCGAGAAGGUGUUGAUGAGGCGAGAGACAGAUAUGCGACUGCAGCUGGGGUUUCACUGCGUGGUGAACCGCUCGCAGAAGAACAUUGACGAAGGCAUGAGCCGGGUGGACUUAUGGAACAAGGAGAAGAAGAUCUUUAGCAGCGAGCGCCUGCGAAGCCUUCCAGAAGACUACUGGGGCACCCGUCGCCUUAUGGAAAAGAUCGCCAAGAUCCAGGAGGACAGGGUCGAUGCCUGCUUGCCGAAGAUCAGGGAGGCCGUGCGGCAGAAGACGGUGGCUCUCAGAAAUCAGCUCCGGGACUUGCCAGAACAGACGGAAACUGAAGCAGACCAGUUCCGCGUGUUCAACACCACCCUCAAUGACAUCAAGAGUGACUUAGAGAGGCGUGUUCGUGCUGAGUUCAUGAGCACGGAGGAAGCAGACCGAGAACUCACCAUCGCCCCACGGGUUGCCGGUAUGAUCCAAGAGUUUCGCCAGGAGUUGCUGUCGAGCAAUCCAAGCUGGCUAGGGGAACAGAUGAUCACUGAGGUGGAGGACACGGUGGCCACGUUUGUGCGCGGCUACACUGUGGACAACUUGACUGGUCCGCAGGUCUUCGUGAACCUGAUCAAGCGGGUUUUCGUGGAAGAGGGGCUCUUGAAGGAUGCCGUUGGUGAUCUGGUCUCCACUGUGGCGGAACACCUGCGCACGGUGGUGCAGCAUGUGGUGUCCAUGCACGCCAACAGCAGCGCGGUGCUGGCCAAUCGUCUCUCCGUCAAGGCCGAGGAUUGUGUUGAUAGCCUCAUGGCCCAAGCGCGUGACGUUUGUGAGACGAUGGCAGAGGCACAGCAGGUGACAUCCACCACGCAUGGUGAGUACAUGGUCAGGCUGACACAGUUUCGGAAGUCUUGGCUACACCAAAAGGCCGACAGCAUGAAGAAGACGAUCGCGGAAGCCCUCAUGGGCACCAAAGCCUUUGAUGAGCAGGAGCUUCCACCCGAAUUCGUCGAGGUUGUCCAGAAAGCGCAGUAUGAGCCUGACAAGCUUGCGGUGCUUGAAAUCUGCGCCUCCUUGCAUGUGUACACCGGCUUUCUGAUUGAAGGGUUUGUGGAGAUGGCAGCUAAGAUGGUCAAGUUCAAGAUGGUCGAGCAGUUGAGCAAAAAGCUGGAACAGAAGUGGCGAGAGGAGCUCGGUGGAAGCAACCUUCAGGAACUCUUCCCGAAGGACAACGUGAUCUUGCUUCGAAGACAAGACCUGCAACACAAGAUGGCCACCUUGGAGGAUUUCAAGGAACAGCUUUCGCGACUCAAGGUGGCAAUCGCACCGGCCGCAGCACGGAGGACGACUGCGGACAAGAUGCGGGCAGCUGAGGCCAAGCAGGCGAUGUCCGGAGUGCCCACACCCCUUCGAGCAAAGAGUCCGGGCAAGACCGCCCCAAAUCUUGGCAGGAAGUGUGGGCCUGAUGCCGAAGGAACUGCUGGAUCCCAGAGCGGUCGCUGCUACACCUGGCAUUUUGCAUCGCAGUUGGCCCUAUUGACGUCAACACGAAUCAAGCCACACCAGCGUCCCAAGAUCGAAAGCGACACUUUCAUGAUGGAUGGCUUGGAGUGUCAGCUCGUCUUGUGGCCUUUUGGUCGUCCCAAGGUAUCUUCUAAGGGCCAGGCAGCUCUCUACCUCUCGGCCGACGAAGACUGCGUGAUUGAAUUCAGCUUGAAAGCGGGUGAGGAGGACGGAUCCGACUUUGUCAAAGAGUUCGGCGAAACAGAAGCUGGAGCUUCUGAUUUCGCAGCCUGCGACAGCCUAAAGGGCCUAGAGUCGGUGACAGUCUCCUUGCUGCAAUAG